CUAGCCAUACCAGCCAAACUUCGUCUUGCUAUCACACUGAGGUAUUUGGCAACUGGUGACAGUUUUAAAAGUCUACACUACUUGUUUAAAGUUUCAAGUGAAAUAAUAUCAAGAAUUAUUCCUGAUGUUUGCAAAGCUCUGAAUUCUGUGUUAGAGGAAAAAGUAAAGAUGCCAUGUAAUGCGGAUGAGUGGUUGGAAAUCGAAAAAGGAUUUAGUAACAAUUUCCCACACGCUAUAGGGUCAAUUGACGGGGAACAUGUCGUGAUUUUCAACCCUCCUCAUAGUGGAUCGGACUAUUUCAACUAUAAAAAAACAUUCAGUAUUGUUCUAUUGGCUGUAGUGAACAGUAAGUACCAGUUCAUCUUUGCUGGUAUAGGAAGUCAAGGCAGAAUAAGUGAUGGUGGUGUUUUGCGAAACAGUGUUUUGUGGGACAACAUUUGUGACAAUAAACUAAACCUGCCCACCGCAAGGCCUUCGCCAGGAUCUGACAUCCCUGUACCUUAUGUGUUUUUAGGCGAUGGUGCGUUUGCAUUAAGUACCCACAUAAUGAAGCCUUUUCCUGGUGACCAUGAGUAUGGUUCUGCCAAACGCAUAUUUAAUGACAGGCUGUCAAGAUCACGAAUUAUUGUAGAGAAUACUUUUGGUAUUUUAUCAGCAAGAUUUAGGGUGUUUAGAAAACCAAUUGCAAUAACUCCAGAAAAAGUUACAUUGAUAACAAUGACAAGCAUUUUACUCCACAACUUUUUAAUGAAUAGUUAAACAUCUAGACCACUGUACAACCCUCCAGGCACUAUGGACCAGUAUGAUGGCACCGGUAGAUUAAUUCGAGGGAGAUUGGCGACAAGUCGUCGAUGAACGUUGCGCAAUUAGGCCUAUAGCAAGAGUAGGCCGCAGACCAGCGAUCACUGCUCAGAAGAUCCGUGAUGAAUUUGUCAAUUACUUCGCAAACAACGUGUAAUUACUUGAUGUGUUCUACAAACCUACAGUUGGAUCUUUGUUCGGACAAUUCCCAAGUUAUUUACAACAUACAACAUUACAACAAUUUAUUACUCGCAUAAAUGAAUUUGUAAAUGUUUUAGCGUGAUUAAUUAACAAUCAUUCACAUAUGUAUUUUUGUUAUAAUUAUACAAUAAAAAUGGUAAGUAAUCAGAACAUGGUUGUGUUGUUUACUUACCGGAUUCUCUGUAUUCACAUUUUGUGUUACUUCAUACACUGGAGAAAAAACUGCUCCAUAUACAGUAGAACUUCGAUAAUUCGAACCUUCUAUAAUUCGUAAUUUCUAUAAUUCGAAGUAAGAGCUCCGGACCCUUGAAAAAACCUCUUUAAUUCGUAGAAAAACAAUGUAUUUUGGUCCUUUCCAUAAUUCGAAGUGAAUCUGCUGGUUCUGGUUAAUCCUGAGACUCUGUAAUUCGAAGUAACGUCGGUCAUAACACUCUAUAAUUCGAAGUUACCAAGGAGUGGGAGAGAUGGCGUAUUUCUCUCGCAAGAGAAUGGGAGAGAGGGCUCGCAUGCGUAAUUUCUUGUCAACAAGAGAUGCCGAUGAUUCAGUUUUCUCUGCCUUGGUAUCCAUUGAAAACGCAAUUGAUCGUACUAGAACGGACCAAUUUAAGCAGUCAAAAAUAACUGACUUUUUUUAAAUAACAUAAUCUUGAUUUUUCUCAUAGUUACUGUAUCGUAUAUCCCUUAUUUUUCACUAGUACUGUUUAAUUCAACUACGAUUCAAAAAAACUUUCAAAAUAGAAAAAAACACUUACUUUGAUUGAUGACGAUCGCUUCGACCUGAUCUUGAUCUUCAUCAGGCUGAGAAACAGUUAAAUCUUGCAACAAGGUUAUAAAUUGGUAACAAGAGUCAACUGUUUCUCAGUAUGGAGAAGAUCAACACCAGGUCAGAACAGUCGUCAUCAUUCAAAUUCAGUGCUUUCAACUGAAUUGUAAAAAUGUUUUUUAAAUGAAUGUUUUCAUACAGUGAUUAUUUUAGUUUAUCUCUUUGCCUCGUAUUCAGUUUAUUACAUUGUUUGUUAUAUCCUUGUGAGAAUUUGGGGUUUUUGCGUUCUUUUCCCUUUAAAUUAUGUACUUGUACAGUAGUGGUACUGUAUUCAAUAUCUGAAUCAUUCCAUAAUUUAAUCUUAUCUUGAAAAUAUAAAAACUAGGCGUAGGCUUUAUAGGACAUUUUACUUUGAUUAUUUUUAUACAAUAAUUAUUUUAGUUUAUCUCUUUGCCUCAUUUUCAGUUUUGUUAUAUUGUUUGUUAUAUCCCUGUGAGGAUUAGUACAGUAUGUGAAAACAGGAGAAUACAGUACUUUAUAUACUACCUUCUAUAAUUCGUUCUUUUUUCUCUACAACCUUCUAUAAUUAUUCGUAACUUCGAUAAUUCGUAAACUUCCAUAAUUCGUAGUAAAGCGUCGGUCCCUUGAACUUCGAAUUAUCGAAGCUCUACUGUACUCAAAAGCGAACCAUACUGGUUUGUAAAUGUCAUCCACGCCAGCUCCAGAUCUUAUAGAUGCCUUCUUUUUCCUAAGGUGUCCUCGAAAUGUUGCCAUUAACGAGUCCUUUUUCUUCUUCAACUCCGCAAGUGGCCGGUUUAAAUCCGUACUCAAACGGCACCAGGCAUCAUGUAAUUUUCGUUUGUCCUUAUGAUGUUCAUGUGUAGGAUUCUAUAGAACAUCCUCUGCAUGAUAAGCUUCGAGAAACUGAAGCGUGGCUUCGUUUGUCCACUCCAUUUCCACUAGACAACAUCACAACUUAACCACAAGCACAAGACAAUGAACUGCAACAACAGGUUGGAGAAGCGACUGCGUGCAACUGAGCCCGAGUGCAGACGAGAGUGUAAAGGGGCCCUUUGACUCGUGCCAAAAACCGCUCCCAAACCGAGCGCAGGCGAGGCCGAGACAUGGCCUGACGAGCACACCGUGUACACUCUUGCCCUCGCCUGCUCUCGUCUUGUCUCGGCGAGAGUGUACUGCUAAUAUCUC